CACAAAUCCCUCUGAUUGUUCCUACCACCUCCUCGGUGAGUUACCGACAACGACAGCCAUUCAAUCAGCUGCUGGCUGCUGGCUGUAGAGACUCGCGGACGGUGUGUGUGAACGCCUGCCUUGCCUUGCCUUGCCUUUCUGAUCGCCGAAGAAAAGACUCCAAAGGUGGCUUUUUACCCCUUUUCGCCGUGGUCUUUUCGGUUGGAUCCGAGGCACAAGAGAGGGACGGAGAGAAGAAGGCGGCUUGAGGAUUGAGCCUCUGCCAUUUGGGGCUGCUGUGUUUGAAAGGGAAAACUCUCGCCCGUUCGGGGUGAGAGGAGAAGGAAGAUAUAGACAGCAUAUUUAUUUAUAUUUGGGGCGGAUGAAAAUGUUGAACCCUGCAAACGGAGAGCCGCUUCAUCUGGCGAACUAUGUGGAGGAUUACCUGGACUCCAUCGAAUCUCUGCCCUUCGAUCUGCAGAGAAAUGUCUCCCUGAUGAGGGAAAUCGACGCCAAAUAUCAAGAUAUUUUAAAGGAACUGGAUGAUUAUUACGAAAAAUUCAAACGAGAGACUGACACGGUACAGAAGAGGCGGUUGUUGCACUGCAUACAGAGAGCAUUGAUCCGGAGCCAGGAACUAGGAGAUGAAAAAAUCCAGAUCGUCAGUCAGAUGGUAGAACUUGUUGAGAAUAGAACUAGGCAAGUUGACAGUCACGUAGAACUGUUUGAAACCUGCCAAGAGAUUAAUGACACGACUGGGAACAGUGGCAAAACAAACCAAGACAAGUCAAAGAAUGAGACAAUCACUCAGGCAGAGAAACCUAACAACAAGCGGUCUAGACGGCAAAGAAAUAAUGAAAAUCGAGAGAAUGCUUCUAAUAACCACGAUCACGAUGAUAUCACUUCAGGAACUCCAAAAGAGAAGAAGGCAAAAACGUCCAAGAAAAAGAAGAGAUCCAAGGCCAAAGCAGAGAGAGAAGCGUCCCCCGCAGAUAUCCCUAUUGACCCCAACGAGCCGACAUACUGUUUGUGUAAUCAGGUCUCCUAUGGAGAAAUGAUUGGCUGUGAUAAUGAUGAAUGCCCAAUUGAAUGGUUUCACUUCUCGUGUGUGGGACUCAAUCAUAAGCCAAAGGGCAAGUGGUACUGCCCCAAAUGUAGAGGAGAGAAUGAGAAAACAAUGGACAAGGCACUAGAGAAGUCUAAAAAAGAAAGGGCCUACAACAGGUAGUUUCUAAAUCUAAGGAGAAUAAAGCUGCGGAAGCAUAUAUUUAUUCUCUGUAUUAUCUUUUGUGGAGGUGUGAGGACUGUAAAAUGUAUAUUUUUAAAGGAGGUUAUAAAUCAAACCAUUCUUGUAACAGGGAUGGCAAUAUAAGAAAUGUUUGGGGUUUUUUCCCCCCUUGAUAUAGCUGUUAACAGGAAAAUAGUCUGUGAGCCAAAACAUAUAUUAAAGUAAUGAGUUAACAUUGUAAUGCCCAGGCUCAUUUUAUGGAAAAAAAUAUGGUUUCACAAGUUGGUAAGACACUGCCCAUCAAAAUGUAGAUAGUAAACAUGUCUUGGAUAGCAUUCUGUUUUUUCUCAGAGAUGAAUGCUAUUUGCCUUUCUAGAAAACUGUUCAACAUUCAGUUUGAAUAAAAUAGUACUUUGCAAACUGAUCCUAAAUAUACUGGCUACAAUCUAACACAGAGUGAAACAUUCUUAAACUCAUUGGAUUUCAGUGGGAUUAAGCACAGACACAUUUAACUCUGAGUUGGAUUAUGACCAUUGAUUUGGAAGUAAAUUCCUGUUGUUUCAGUCAUAGUUGCUUCCAAGAAUUAGGAUUACAGCCUUGCACCCCAUUUUCAACAUGUUACUGGGAACUCAAGCCCAUUGGUUUUAAUGAGUCUUGUUUCUAAGGGAUGUGUUUGGGACCAGGGUGCUAGAUUUGUUUGGUCAUGAUCAAUGCAUUAGCAAAAAGAAAGUUGCGGUAUAACACCAACCUGCCAGUCUAGCAGCUUAAUAUCCAAUGUUUAACCACAGUUACAAGCUUAUUUUUAAAGAUGCAAACGGUUAAAUUUUACACAGCAUAUUUUAUAUACUGGCCAAGUACCAUGAGGGCCUUUUUAAAAAUGGUUUAGUAUAUUUUGUAUUUAACCAGGAAGAGGUUUAGUAAUGAACCUUAUCAUAAAUCAACCUUUAUACUGUCCUCAGAUAAUAGCGUAGCAGUCUUUACUUUGUAUAAGUUGUAAAAAAUGUACAUUUUCAAGUAGAGUUGCACUUAACUUGUAUUAUAAUUGGAAAUGCAUCCACAUGCCAUGGU